AUGGCUUGGUUGCAGAUUAGAAACGAUAAUCUUCUUGUUCCUUUUUACAGUUGCAACGAUCCCGUCCAGCGAAUCGAGCAGUGUGCCCGUGGAACUCUGUUCAUGUGCAGCAUUGUGCAAGGAUGCAAAAGGACAUAUUUGUCCCAGAGGGACCUGCAGGCACAUAUUAACCACCGACAUAUGAGAGCGGCAAAACCAAAUCGUCCACAGCCUGAACCAAUCCAUCCUCCAAUGGCCCCACCACCUUCAGAAAUGCCUGAUCGUUUUAUAAUGCCCCCUGAUAAGCACCACUUGAGUCAUAUGCCUCCUAAGGCGCACAUACUGAUGCCCCCACCACCAAUUCAGCAUGUGCCUCAUGAGCAUUUUAAUCAACAGCAUGAAGAUAUGCGUGCUUCCCCGGCAGAAAUGUCUAUGGCGCCACCUCCUCCUCGCCCAGUUAGCCAAGAUGCUUUCCGAAUUAAUACUAGAAAACACAGCAAUUUAAUAACUGUACCUAUUCAAGAUGAUUCUAAUUCUGGGGCCAGAGAAGCUCCUCAGGGACCUGGUCCAGCUCUUCACCAUCCUGAGUAUCCUGGUCAACCUGUGGUAUCACACCCUCACCAUAUUAUGCCUCCACAGCAACAUUAUGCUCCUCCCCCUCCACCCCCUCCUCCAAUUAAUCAUCCAAUGCAACACCCACCUCAGGCUGCUGGUACACCUCAUAUGGUAUAUAGUCAAGGACCCCCUCCACCUAUGACGUCUGCUCCUCCACCAAUUACCCCUCCACCUGGACAUAUAAUAUCUCAGAUGCCACCAUACAUGAAUCAUCCACCACCAGGACCUCCACCACCCCAGCAUGGUGGUCCACCUGUAAAUGCCCCUCCUCCACAUCAUUACAAUCCUAACCCUUUGCCACAGUUUAAUGAAGAGCAAGGAACUCUCAGCCCACCUUUCACACAACCUGGGGGCAUGAGUCCAGGCAUAUGGCCUGCACCUAGAGGACCACCGCCACCUCCGCGAAUGCAGGGUCCUCCGACCCAAGCACCUAUUCCUGGACAGCAUCAUCCUGAUCAGGCUCGGUACAGGCCCUAUUAUCAGUGAUUUGUGUAUACUGAACUUGCUAGAUUUCUUUUUAUGCUUCAUUUGAGAACUUACAUUAAUAUGUAUAGACACUUUGUAACUUUGUUGAAGCUUCUUGUGCAUACAUUUAUUAAGUUCGAUAUUCUCCUAUUCCUAAUUAUGCCAUUGUGCAUACAUAAUGCAAAGUAAUUUUUUUUGUGUAUGUGUUCUCAUUGUAUAGCACUAACAAUUUUCUUUGUCUUUUACCACUUCUGAAUCUUUUUUGCUACAGCACGAUUAGGUAUCAUUUGUGAUGCUUUUCUGAAUGUAUGUUUAGAUGUACAGUUGUAUCCUUUUACUUUCCAAGAUGGUGUGAAUAAUAUGCAGUAACAACUGCUUUAUUGUAUCCUGGUAUUUUUUACCAGUGGUCAAAUAAAAA